AUGACAACGUUACCAGAGCCCAUUGUUUACUAUCUCAAGUCAACAAAACUCAUCCCUAACUCCCCCAAACCCUUGCUCCUCUACAAGAACGCAUUUGUGCGAGAUGGCCAAGUUGACCGUACUGCUGCGUUUGACACCUUUCACGCGAAUCAAUGGGACGUUCAAUGGGUAGUAAGAUACGGUCAAUACCAACGAUCGCAUUAUCACUCUCAGACUCACGAAGUUAUGGUGGUAGUCUCGGGGCCCGGCCGGAUCCGUUGGGGUGUAGCAGAUCUAAGCGACGACUGGAAAGAGCACACUUACGGAAAGGGCUACGAAGACGGUGGCCUUGAAAUAGAGGUCAAUGUUGGAGAUCUUUUUGUCAUCCCAGCGGGUGUUGCGCACAAAUCUUACGAUCCAGAUGCGACUUCAGCUGAGUUUGGGUGCUUGACUGGAGCUGCUCGAGGUAUCGAAGCUGAGAAUCCAAGGAUCGCUGUUGCCGAGGUACCUUUGGAAGGUUUCUGUAUGAUGGGGGCUUACCCACGAGGGUUCUCAUGGACUUGGGACGAAGGUGGUGAUAGUGCAGAGGACUUUAAGUCGGUAUGGAGGAUUGAUAACCCAGCUGCUGAUCCUGUUACUGGGCAGAAUGGUGGGAUUAACAAAUACUGGAAGAACCAGCAACAGGGGUUGAAGAGCAAUAUUUAA